AUGGAUAAAAGUUUCUCUGAUAAAAAACAUAGGACUCCCUCCGAAUCGCAAACACUUGGCUCCACAACUUCUUCACCUAACGACGACAGCUUGAAACGUUUAGCUGAAAUUUUAACAAAUUUCGACACUCGAGCGAGCGAUUCGUUGUGCUGGAAAAAACCUGAAGCCGUUCAAAAUACUGACAAUUCAACUAAUAAUGAAUCAUCCGCUCCAGCACUAAGUACACAACGCCAAUCGAGAACACAGGCGUUCCAGAGCCAGGGUAGCCAACAACUGACGCCGUCAACCUCUUUAAAAUUAAACGAGACCAAAGUGAGCACAGUUGACGCAAACGAACUCAAAAUCAUCCAGCAGGAACAAUCAAGAAGAAGAUCACGCAAGCGGAGAAGAAGCAGCAAAAAAUCGACGUCAUCAUCAGAUUCAGGCACAAAAGAGAAAAAAUUGAAAAGAAACCGCAGAAAAAAGCAGGUAGGUGGUGAAGUACAACUCACAAAAAGUCAAAUCAGUUACCGAAAACAUGUGAAUAAAAAAAGACAAGAGCUUGAGAAUUUGAAAAAAGAAGAAGAAAUGUUUGGAGAAUUAAAAAAAGAUUUGGAAAGGCAAGCUGAGCAAUAUUCGAGCAGAAUUUUUAAGCAAUUUCAUUUGAAUUCGAAGCUUUCCAAAUGGAAGUAG